GAAAAGUUUAACAAUUUUAGCGGAGCUGAGAUUGAAUUAAUCUAAUGAUAAGUCAAGUCCACUCUAUCUUUCCCUUAGAAAAGAAUUAAAAAUUGGAAGUUGGCACAUAGGAAACUGGAUAUAUUAUGCAUGGUGGCCGUCUAAUUAGGCUAACUUAUCGUUGAAUAAAUACUUCCUCUGUUUUUAUAAUUGCACCAUUUGCCAUUUCAUGCUUGCCAAUGUAACAAAAGAGGUUGUGUGAAUAAUGUAAAUUUACAAAUGGUGCAAUUAAUAAAAUACGGAGGAGGUAUGUAUACAUUAAAGUCAGUAGUACAAACAACUAGAUCAUGGAGGAUAGGAGGGUGGUCUAUUUAUUAUUCUUGCUGUCCCAUUUUAGUUGUCAAAGAUUUUAAUGUGAGAUAUCCCUCCCAAAAUAGUGGUUAUAACUUCAAUAUUUCGUAAGAAACUACCAAAACAUUAAUGUAUAGAUAAACUUAAUUUUUAUUGGUAAAAAAUAAUUUAAAAGAUGGGAGCAAUGGAGCAUUACAAAUAUUGAUGUACUCUUAUUUUGAUGAGCAUCCUCAGCAUUUCUACUUGCUAACACUCAAAAGAUAUAAUCAAAAAUCAAAAUGUGGUUUUUUGGAACAAAUAAUUCAUCUGGAUUUUCAGGGUCUUCAACAGCAGAAGAAGUUACACAUGGAAUUGAUGGUACCGGCCUUACUGCCAUUGUUACAGGAGCAUCAAGUGGCCUUGGUGCUGAAACAACGCGAGUUCUUGCUUUACGUGGUGUUCAUGUUAUUAUGGCGAUUAGGAAUAUUGCUAAUGGAAGAGAAAUCAGGGCAAAAAUACUUAAUGAAGUUCCGAGUGCUAAAAUUGAUAUAAUGGAGUUAGAUUUGAGCUCAAUGGCAUCUGUUAGAACAUUCGCAUCAGAUUACAAGUCUACUACUCUUCCCCUGAACCUUCUAAUAAACAAUGCAGGAGUGUGUGCUCCCCCUUUUACUCUCUCUGAAGACAACAUAGAGCUGCAAUUCGCGACAAAUUACUUGGGUCAUUUCCUUCUAACACAUCUUUUGUUGGACACUAUGAAAAAUACUGCACUUGAAAGUGGUAAAGAGGGGAGGAUUGUUAAUGUUUCAUCUGAAGCUCAUCGAUACACAAUUCGUGGAGGAAUUUCUUUUGAUAGGCUAAACAAUUCAUCAGGGUAUUUCGGCCUUUUAGCAUAUUGCCAAUCAAAACUCGCCAACAAUUUGCAUGCUAAUGAGCUAGCAAGACGUUUCAAGAAUGACAGGGUUCAGAUAACUGCUAAUUCUCUUCAUCCUGGAGGAAUAUAUACAAAUAUUUUCCGCUAUACAAGCUUGUUAGACAGGAGCUGCAACAACAUGUUAUGUGGCUUUGAAUCCAGAAGUGGAAGGCAUAAGUGGUGAAUAUUUCAGCGACUGUAAAAUAGCCAAGCCUUCAAAGUUAUCUCAAGAUAUCACUUUGGCGCGGAAGUUGUGGGAUUUUACCAUGGAUGUGAUCAAAUAAUGUGUUAUGGAACACCCAACUUAAUUAAACAGUUGAAUUGUGGUUCAAGCCUCAAAGUAUAAGGUUUUUAUUUUUAUUAGAGGCUAAGCCGAUCUAGCACUUUUGAUUUAUAAAAUAUGCAAAUUAAUUAAUUAAGUGGCAAAAUUGUAAACCAAUCUGAAAAAUUACAUAAUAGUCAAUUAGUCCUAAUUUGGUAGAAAAAUCAAUAAUUGUGAGUACAUUUUUAAUGAAAACAUUUGGACUUGUAUUUAUAUAAAUAUAUAAUUGUGGAGUACAUUUUUUUUUUACUU